AUGUUUCCGGUGAAUCUUCAAGGCUAUAGCGAUCUGCGACGCGUCCACUUUGCGAAGCCGGAUAUUGAGGAUUCAGAAGCCUUUGAUGGCGUGCAAUAUGAGCCACACCAGCAAGGUCAUCAUCGAUGGUGGCUUGGCUAUGGGCUCUUCAUUCUACUGGGGGUAUCCAUCCUCGUCAAUGGCAUGCAGUAUGUCAAGAAGUUGUUAGACGCCUCCAAACACACACCGCACGAUAUCGAUGACCUUUGCUCUAUGUACACUUUUGAGUACCCAUCGCCGAUACAGCAAGACAUCAAGGUUAAAUACAGGACCACUAAGUUCAAUGAUACUUUCCUAGAGCAGUCAAGGUACCGGGGGUCACCUGGGCCAGAGACAGAUCGGCUCUGGCUGGAACUUGGGACAAGAAAUCGCCACUAUAUCGUGCCAGAAGAUAAAGGUCACAAGUAUGGUCUCAACCCGGGUCACGCAAAGAUCGAUCCCUAG